AUGUCGCAAAAAGGUUAUGGAACGUUUUUAGAUAGUCUAUACGCGGAAAGAACAGAGCUGACGUCGGUGGGUGAAACAGCUUCAAGUAGAGUGGAUGAGGUAGGACAUUGUCUUGAACCAGACCUCUUUAUUAAGUAGCAGAGAGACUAGUAUUCAAGAUCCUUAUCUCGAAAUGAAGUAUUCUUCUUGAUGAUUAAGGGGUUUUUUUAAUCACUAAGGUAUGAUAAUUGUCAUAGUACAGCUAGUUAAUAUAUUCCCUAUUGAGACGUCCUUAGUGAUCAGCUGACAUAAUAUUCAUGUAAGCAUGUGACUUUCAGUUCCUCUUUACGACACUAUGUAGAUGUUAACUAGAUUGACAUUUGAGGUAUUCGAAUCACAGAAGAAGCUCUCUCUGUUCUACUCUAGGAAAAACUAUUUUAUGAUAGGUAGAUAUUCUUUUUCUUGUGAAAACAUCACUCCCAGGUAUCAUUAAUUCAGAUAACUUGACUAAUGCCUCAUUCAGCGUCCAUUCACUCCUUCACACCAUCUAUCGUUGUAUUAGUGAUGUUUUAUGAUGAUAAUUCAGGCCUUGACUGUAAUUUGAUUUAUUUUACAGGUAUUUCAUGUACUGCUGAUUAGACAUGACAUCUAAGUAUUGUAAUGAUUGAGAAUGCUUGAUCUCUUGACAGAUAAAUGCCAGUGUUAUGCUGUCUCACGACCCAAUUCUUCAGAGACAAGAUGCAGCAACACAAAAGAGACUUCCUCUUCUAUUUUAUGUCUUUUUCCACUGGAAAUCAUGCACUGGUGUGGCUUGUAUCUUAAUCUGUCUAAAUUUGAGUAUCAUUGGAUUGUUUUCUUUAUCACUCACAUCUUAUUCAAGGUCUACUGAGAGGCAUGAUGUAGCACAAUACCUUUUCUCUUGUGGCACAUUUGGUUUUACAGGAGGCUGUAUCAGUUAUGUGGCAGUGAUUCUAUUUUUUAAGAAAGUUCCAGGUAUCCUUGGAAGUGGGUAAGAUUCAGUUAUUUGAAAUGCAUACAAACAUAAUAGCACUACGGCAACUUUGAGCCUAAAAUUUGACAGUUUUUUUCUCUUGUUAGCAACUGUACUAGUUAUAUAUGUUAGAGACUGAUGCAAACUAUGGUCAGUUACUACAGGAAACUAGUUUUUGUGAAUUAAUUUGUGUUUUUUAUUGUUUAUCUUUUUAUUUUCAACAAAAACGAAUUCAAAUGAGUGCAGUUGGGGUGAUACUUAAUGUUACUGUCUGGCUCUGAUCUUGCAUUUUUUUUCACCUUUUAGGUGAUUAGUUGAAUUAGUUGAUCUCAGUUGAAUCUUCUUAUUUACAAAUUUAUUUGUUUGAGGUACUUUGUGUGGACUAUUCCUAAUUAAUACAUCAUCGUCUGGCCUUGAUCAGUCCAUAAAUGGACCAAAGCUUUGUGAGAACCCUAUUUUUCCCAAUUUCUGGUAGAGAAUUAUAAUUCAUUCAAGUUAUAAUGGCAACAACCUCCAAAAUUGGUAUCAUUUCAUAUGAGAAGGAACCGUUUUCAUCUUUAAAUUCGUUGAUUCCGGAGGGUGUGUCAAUUUUCCAAAUCCAGCCUCACAUUGUGGCAUUACCUUGAGUAUUCCAAGGUGCCACCAUUAUGGUGAUAAGGGUGAGUGAAAAAAAUUUUGGCUGCCAAAUUUGUAGCUUAAAUUGCCUAUUUGGCAACCAGUGUUUGGCAAACGUGUGACAAGCUGCAAACUUUUUAUUACUUCUGGUCUUAAUUAAAACUAUGUGCCCUGUACCUACACAUAGUUUCCAGUUUCUCAUUUUGCUAAGAUUCCCUUUUGCAGUAACAAUCAAAUUGAAUAUCUUUGUGAGCAUCAAGUCUCAUGUUGAAUGUGUUACUUAAUAAGCAAUUUUGUGUAUACCUUGAAAAUCAAUACAUCUCAUUCAAACCAAUCUUUUGUUGUACAAGGCAUCAUGUUCUGAUCAUUUGCAUAAUUCAUCUACGACUCCCUUAUAGUUCUUCAGGGAAUGACAGAAAAUCUUUUUCCUCUCAUCAGGAUUGUUUUUCAUCACUAUCAAGUUAUUUUUGAAAGUGUGAAGAGUUCAGUCAUCAACACCUAUUUUGAGAGGACAUUUCUUGAAUUAUACAGUGCCCAAAAACUAAAUCAACAAAUAAUUCGUCUAAACAUUGAAGGGCAGCUACAGAGAAUUUUGCAGUCAGAGACAGUUGAUCACCUUAUUACCGCAGAGCUUCAUUCUUUAUUGAUCUCAUCAGAAGGGCAGCUUUUAUCUGGAGCUGGUAUAAAUCCUUCUUUGCUCUGCCCACUAGUGAAGCCAUAUGUGGUAGAACUUUUAACUGAAGUGGUUCCACUUAUAAUGGAUAGAUGCUCAUCCUUUAUUCAGGUAGGUGCAUUUGACAAUAAUGCCUUUUAAAUGGCUCUGUGAUCCACUGGUAUGCAAAAGGCUUGUUGGGGUCACAGUAAAGUAGCUUGAAAUUUUUUUUUGCAAGAGAAAUCUGCCUCGUCUAAUUUUAGUUUCGCACAAUUUUUUCUGUUGGGUUUUGCUAACGGUGACAAUAAAUCUUUCACCUUUCCAUGCACAAACUAUUUAUUUUCAUAUAUUGUUUAAAUCAGCUUGAACAAUGUAUUUAUAUGGUUCUUUGAUGCCUUAGGUUUGUUACCUUAAUCCUAAUUUUCUAUGCCCAAGGGCUUCUCUUGUCUAACAGAAUUAAAAUCUCCUCAUGAAAAUUAAUGUUUUGACACAAUUACUUCCUUGUCAUCAGGAUGAAGGUUUACAAAGUCUGAGACAAGAGGUCCAGAGGUACACAACAAGAACAAAAAAUAAAAUUUCUUCACGAAAAGUAGGGCUUUUAAUAAGAGAUAUGAUGUAUGGCCAUUUAAAUCUCCUUACUGUCUUGGGAUGUGCUGCUGGAAUAUUUCUAGGUGUUAUGUCAAAAAUAACAGGAGUGGGCCAAGUACUAUGA